GGUGUCCCUGCCCAGGGCAGGGGGGUUGGAACUAGAUGAUCUUUGAGGUCCCUUCCAACCCAAACCAUUCUAUGAUUCUAUAAAUUGUGAUCUACUACAAACACUAAUGGUGCUGCUCUUGGAGGUUGGUUGACAGAAACAAUUUUCUUAAUGCAUUUUUGUGUUGGACACCUAGUGAGAAUCCUUCCUUCAACCAUGGGUGGAAAACUUUCACAGUUCUGGAAAACACCUGCCCGAAAGGAGAGUGAAGACAAACAGAUCUUGCCCAGGCCACCGGAGGCUGAAGAUGAAAUUGCUAAUUACGCCAGUAUCAAUGACUCUGCCGCAUCUUGCGUGGGCGCUGCUCGUCGAAGCUGCAUCAACUGUCCAACGUGUCAGGGAACAGGAAGGGUCCCCAGGGAGCAAGAGAGGCAGCUGGUGGCUCUGAUUCCAUAUGGUGACCAGAGGCUGAAGCCUAGACGAACGAAGCUCUAUGUGUGUCUUGCUGUGACAAUCUGCCUGCUGACCACAUCCCUCAGUAUUUUCUUCCUGUUCCCUCGCUCCAUCGCCGUGCUGCCCGCGGGGCUGAAUGCCUCCUCCGUUGGCUUUAAUGCCACCACCUCCACUGUGUACCUCAACACGACGAAUGUGCUGAACAUAACUAAUAACAACUUCUACCUGGUCACGGCAGUGCAGCUGGACAUAGAGGUUUUGCACCAGUCCCUGGUGGUUGGGAAGACCACCAUGAAAACCCUGCUGAAGAUGAGUCCUUUGACGAGCAGCCAGAUCUAUUAUGUGGUGGCCAGUAGGAUAUUGGACGACAACACCUAUAACAUUUGCACCUGGACGAAAGUCAAAGUUCACAACAUUCUGCUGCACAUACAGGGUACCCUGACCUGCACGUACCUGAGCCACUCAGAGCAGCUGGCGUUUGAGGACUACCAGUACGUGGACUGCCGGGGAAACACUACGCUACCUCAGCCAUCGUACCACCGCCUGCUGUGACGGGGCCGGGCUGGCAGAGCUUUUGGGUGCACAGAGGAAAGUCACAGGGAGACAAACCCUUGGGGCUUCUUCUCAAUCUGCACCUUGAACAAGAGGCUCCAUGUGUGUCCUGGGUGAGACUUCCAUCUACAGUAACAUCCCUGGCCCUGUGAACACGGACUCUGCUGCCUCAGGCUGCAGCUUGCUUUUCUCAGCAUCUUUCCACGGCUGAUGCUCCAGCAGAGACCAGGGGUGUCUCCACACGGCGGAUGGGAGUGUGCCACGCUCUGUCUCAGUGCUGCUUUGGAGGCAGUGCCUCAUGAGUCGGACUAACUCUAGUUAUUUCCUCCUUGCAUAAUUUUGCACUUCUGUCCUGAAUUUGAGUAUUUCAGAACUUGAAAGAGACUGCAAUGAGAAUUUUUGGCUGGAUUGCACCUACAUCACCAGAACCUAAUGAUACUCGCCGAACCUCCACAAGAGCAAGAAGCAGGAUUGAUGUCUCUCUCUCUCUCUGAGUACAAAGAAAAACCACGUCGUGCCAAAACACUUUGUGAGCACAACUCUCGGCUGACUGCUGUGUUAUGCUGUCCAGUAUAGUGGGUGAGAAUAUGCAUUUUUUAAUACAGGUAUUUUUAAAACAA